AUGGACAUCAAACUGGAACACCUCAAGACUGAACUGCGGAUAUGCACCGCCUGCGGAGAACCGAUCGCCGAUAAGUACCUCUUCGAUAUCGACGGCUGCGCCUGGCACGGAUCCUGCCUGCGGUGCUCCGUCUGCCUGACGCUGCUCGAGCGGCAACCCUCGUGCUACUUCCGCGACCGGCAAGUCUACUGCCGGACGGACUACGCCAAAACAUUCGGUGCCAAAUGCUCCAAGUGCUGCCGUACGAUAGCGGCUUCCGACUGGGUACGAAAAGCUCGCGAUCUCGUGUUCCACCUGGCGUGCUUCUCCUGCGACACCUGCGGCCGGCAACUCUCGACCGGGGAACAGUUUGCGCUGAUCGAUGACAAGGUGAUGUGCAAGAUCCAUUACAUGGACACCGUCGACGAUGGAUCGAACUCGAGCGAUGAUGGUUGCAGUAGCGAUGGGUACAACAAGAACAAAUCGAAGCGCGUCCGGACAACUUUUACCGAGGAGCAGCUACAAGUGUUGCAGGCCAACUUCCAGAUCGACAGCAAUCCGGACGGUCAGGACUUGGAGCGGAUAGCACAGUUGACAGGGUUGAGCAAGCGGGUGACACAAGUCUGGUUCCAAAACUCUCGCGCACGUCAGAAGAAACAUACACACGUUCCCCGCGAUCACAAUCCGAAUUUAUUCAACGCGCUGCGGCAAGAUAUGAACAAUAACAGCAGUGGACAGACGAGCCUCGGCGAUCAUGAUCAAGGGCCUGGAAUGGGGAAGCAUCCCGGAACAAUGUUUAAUUCUCACGUGAACCUCAUCAAUCUGAUGGUGUAA